AGUCAUUUCCUGAAACUAAAAGGAAACUCUCACUCAGGAAGUAAUGUUUCAAGACUGACAAGCUGUGUUCUAAGAACAACUCAUCGACAUAAAACUACGCACAAAGAUCAAAUUAAUGCCACAAUGGAAGUUGAUUUGGCUUUGUUGAAGUCCACAAAAGGUCUGCUGAAAAUUUCAGAAAUGGUGUGUGUUUUUGUAGCUUUUGUGUGUUAUGCAGUAGCUUCUAGGCCGCCCUACAUUGCAGCAACAUGCAUGGAGUUUUUCAUCACACUUGGGUUUCUUCUGCUCUACCUACUGAAACUCAACAAGAAUUUUACUUUCUUCUUCUGGCCCCUUAUUGAUGUGCUCAACUCACUCUUCGCAGCUGCAAUGAUGUGUAUUCUAAGCCUGAUAGCAGUUUCCACAUACACAGUGAAGGGCACUCUGGGCGGAGGGAUCGUGGGCUUUAUGGCUACAGCCUUGUGGUCCUAUGAUGGCUAUAUCCUUUUCCAAAAAAUCACAUUCAACAAGGCAAGAACCACUACAGAGGCCCAAACAGAGAGAAAUUAAAGCUCUGCAAGACCAACGCUCUCAUUUUGCAAACAGUCCUACAAAAUAAGAUUGUAAAAUACUUGUAUAGUUAUAAUAAUGUAUUCAUUUUUAAAUGAAUAAACCAUUCUGUCCUGUAAGAGAUGUAUCACCCAUAUUCUCUGUUCAGAAAUGCAGAUUGCUCCCCUGAUAGCACACGCACAUCACGGAGACGUCUAUCUGACGUCUGCAUUUAUAUCUGCAAGACAUAUUUUUGUAGUGUUUGCUCAUAUGCAAUACGUCUAUAGGUAGUUUCACGUCAGAUGUCAAAUAGACGUUUAUUAGAUGCUUAUGAUUUAGAAUGACAUCUUAACAUCUUAAAGAAAUCUGUUAGAUGUUCAUACACAGCAGAUGCUUUCCAGCUCAAACGACCUUUAACAGACAUCUUGCAGAUGUACUUUUGCUAUCUGGGUCAUUUGAAUACACAUAAGUGGGCAAAACCUAUCCACAAAUUACCACACGUACAUCUGGAAAGUAUCUGCUGUGUACAAACGUCUGACAGAUUUACAUUCUAAAUUCUAAACAUCUUAAAGGCAUCUAAUAAAGAUCUAUUUGACAUCUGAUAUGAAACGUCCUAUAGAUGUAUCGCAGAUGAGCAAACA